CAUCACCUUCUCGUCGAUACUAGCUGAUAGCUUUCAAAAGGACUAUUAUGUCACAAAAUGCUUUCGCACAUGCACUUGUCGACUCAUUGGCCAAGAACACCACGUCCCUUGCUUACUUAAUCGUUUGUUGAUUAUUAAGCACGAUAGCUGCGUCUUUUGUGCGGUGCUCGUUUUGUGCGGGUUUUGGCCACCACGAAUGACAUAGUAGUGCCACAAAGAAAUGUGAAGGCACAAACACCGCAAAAGGUAGUUACUUACAUAUAUAUCGCCAUAAGAAUCUCUCUUCUUAUGACUCAAUUUCAUACUUCUCUAUUUUUCCGGUUGUGUGUCGAGAGUCACUUAUCAUAGGCUUCAUAAUAUCCUUCUCAGCGAAAUGGACCCUUCAACCCCGCCGUCGCAGACCAUGGAGACGUCGUUUCUCCUUGAAAACCUCCACUGCCCUUCCUGCGUGGCCAAUAUUGAGAAUGCACUUUAUGCGCUGUCCCCGCGGCCUCUUAGGGUAUCACCGUCGAUCGUCACGUCGUGGGUGACCGUCACGCAUCCCACAGACCUGGAGAUAUGGAGCAUAAAGGAUGCACUCACCGAAGCAGGGUUCGGCAUAUGCAGUGUGACGGAAAAUGGCAUUGCACGAGACGUGUCUACUUCCGGUGGAUUGGCAUUUGGAGAUGUCCACGGGACUCUUGAUUCAAUUCUCGAACGUAGUGAAUGGUUCGGCGGGCCGAGACAUUCAGGCAGAAGUGAGGAUUCGGAGAGGCUCAGAACAAGACACAUUCAGGACUGCGAAUUAUGUAGGACAGAAGGAUAUCAGAGCACGAAGCCAAAGGGAAAAUCAACAAACACACCGUCGCACCAGCCUCUUCUACAACCGGAUACUCAUGUCGACGCCAUGGGUCCGCAGCCCCCGCUUUCGUCGCCGUCGUCGCAGGAGCCGUUUGUGGUUGUCGAUGGAGGAGGAGAACAGGAUACCUGGCGUGCGAGUGUUGCUAUUGGGGGGAUGACUUGCGCGUCCUGCUCGAAUGCUAUCACGACGGAGCUCGAAAAGAAGAGUUGGGUGAGGAACAUCACAGUCAACCUCAUCUCCAACAGCGCGACCGCGGAUGUUGUUGGCAAAGAUCACGUCGAUGAUUUGAUAUCUACUAUUGAGGACCUCGGAUACGAAGCACUCCUAAACUCUGUCGCCGAUACGAACGCAGGGAAGGAGAAAGACAUGUGGCGGGCAAGCAUAGCGGUUGGCGGAAUGACCUGCGGAUCCUGUGCUGUAGCAAUCACAAAUGCUCUACAGAAAAAAGACUGGGCUAAGGAGGUCACAGUUAAUCUGAUCGCGAAUAGCGCCAGUGUGGAUUUUAAGGGAAGGGCUCACCUCGACGAGAUCAUGGAGAUAAUUGAGGAUCUUGGCUAUGAAGCAAAGCUUGAUAAGGUUAUAGAUUUGGGGCAAUUAACACAGGCCACACAACGAAGAACGGUUGAAAUCAACGUCUCCCAAAUGUUCUGCAACCACUGUCCCGAGAAAGUCCUCCGGUCCCUCGAAGUCUUCGGAGACGCGAUCCGCAUUGAGAAGCCGCUGAGUAUCAAAGACCCGAUCCUAAGGCUCAGCUAUGUGCCUCAACUGCCGGAUUUCUCCAUCAGAGAUAUUAUUGCCACAAUAUCAACACUAGAUCCCAAGUUCGAGGUAUCGAUAUACCAUCCACCAACCCUCGAAGAGCGGUCUCAUGCACUUCAUGCCCAACAGCAACGGCGCCUACUCAUCCGCGUCGCCCUCACAAUCAUCAUAGCGAUUCCAACCUUCAUAAUUGGCAUUGUCUUCAUGAGCCUCGUUCCUUCCUCUAACCAGAGCAAGCACUGGCUUAUGACACCAUGGAAAGCGCAGGUCAGCCGCUCGCAAUGGAUCCUCUUUCUCCUCUCUACGCCCGUAUACUUCCUCGCAGCAGACGUUUUCCACCGACGUGCCAUCAAAGAGAUCCACUUCUUGUGGCGCCGUGGCAACAAGACGCCCAUCCUACAGCGCUUCUAUCGGUUCGGCAGCAUGAACAUGCUUAUGUCUCUUGGAACCUCCAUAGCAUAUUGGUCAUCUGUCGCACAACUGAUUUCUGCGGGUGCCAACCCCUCGAUGGAAGUUGAUGAGACUAGCUUCUACUUCGAUUCAGUCGUCUUCCUCACCAUGUUCCUCUUAAUCGGUAGAUACAUCGAAGCCUAUAGCAAGUCCCGCACCGGAGACGCUGUCACGCUUCUAGGCAAGCUUCGUCCAACUACUGCUGUCCUGGUUAACUGGCCCACUGGCCAAUUGUCCCAAGUGCCCGUUGAUCUCCUCGAACUUGGCGACAGUGUUCGCGUAAUGCAUGGCGCCUCGCCCCCUGCUGACGGCGAGAUCACAGGUGGCGAGACAAACUUCGACGAGUCCAGUCUUACAGGUGAAAGCAAAUUGGUUAAGAAACACAUCGGCUCGUCGGUCUUCGCCGGGACCAUCAACAGAGGCUCUCCAGUCACCGUGACAAUCAGCAGUGCCUCUGGUUCUGCGAUGCUCGACCAAAUUGUCCAAGCCGUGCGCGAAGGCCAAACGAAGCGCGCCCCAAUUGAGCGUUUAGCAGAUUCCUUGACUUCUUACUUCGUCCCAGCUAUCACUGCGCUCGCCAUAAUAACCUGGAUCAUCUGGCUCUCUCUCGGCCUAAGUGGCGCCCUUCCUGACGACUAUCUCGACGGCCACCACUCCCAGGGUGGUUGGGUAACUUGGUCCCUGCAGUUCGCAAUUGCCGUCUUUGUCGUAGCCUGCCCCUGUGGCCUUGCCCUCGCUGCCCCAACCGCACUUUUUGUUGGCGGUGGCCUCGCCGCGAAGCAUGGUAUCUUGGUUAAAGGCGGUGGUGCGGCGUUUGAGAAAGCCAGCCGCCUCGACACUAUCGUCUUCGACAAAACCGGCACGCUUACAAUGGGUGGCGAUCCAGCCGUAACUGAGUACCUCCCAAUCGGCCCCUCAGAUACCGCCCACCCAGUCCUCGCCGAGCGCACUCUCCUCUCCCUCAUAGCGAGCACCGAAGACAACAGCACGCACACACUCGCAAAAGCGCUCUCCUCCUUCUGCGCCGCACAGCCCACAGCCGAAAUCGAAGACGCACACGAGAAGCCCCGCCUCCUCGAGGUCCACGAGAUCCCCGGCCGCGGCAUGCGCGCCCUUGCCUUCCUUGAUGAAGUCUUCACCGAGAUUCUAAUCGGCAACGAGGCACUCAUGAGCGAAUACUUCAUCCCCGUCCCCACAUCCGCCUCCACCAUUCUCUCAACCUGGAAGCGCGAAGGAGACAGCGUCGUCCUAGUCGGAAUCUCGCGACCACACCCACCCACUUCACCAUCCACCCCUCCUCCCACUUCCUCCCACUUCCGCCACCUCUCCGCCAUGUUCGCCGUCUCCGACCCCAUCCGCCCCUUUGCCUCGGGUAUCAUCCGCGCCCUCCACGACGCUGGAACAUCCACCUGGCUCCUCACAGGCGAUAACCCCAUCACCGCCCACGCCAUCGGCCUCAAACUCGGCAUCCUCCCCCAAAAUAUCAUUGCCGGCGUCCUCCCCGCCGAAAAAGCAGACCGAAUCCGCGACCUCCAGCGCAGCAUGCCAACCUCAGGACGCUCCUCCCGCCGCGCCCUCGUCGGCAUGGUCGGCGAUGGCAUCAACGACGCGCCCGCCCUCGCCGCCGCAGACGUCGGCAUCGCCAUGGGCGCCGGCAGCGAUAUCGCCAUCUCCGCCGCGGAGUUCGUGCUCGUCUCAUCGGAGCUGAAAUCCCUUGUUACGCUGCUACAUCUCAGCCGCGUCGUAUUCCGCCGCAUCAAGUUCAACUUCGCCUGGGCGCUCCUGUAUAACAUGGUUGCCUUGCCGGUGGCGGCGGGGGCGUUUUAUGCGCUCACGCCGGGGGGGACACAUGUAAGGUUGGAUCCGGUGUGGGCGAGUUUGGCGAUGGCGGCGAGCUCGGUGAGUGUGGUUUGUAGUAGUUUGGCGUUGAGGUGGAGGGUGCCGGGGAUUGGGUUUAGGGUUGAUAAGGGGUUCGGGGGGGAUGAGGAGAGGCCUGUUGUUAGGGGGCCGAUAUUGUGA